UCAUCUCCUCUCUACACCCAGCUCCCCCUUCUUCCUCGGUGCUAGUGUCAGCAAAACCUGAUGGGGAAGUGAGGCCUGGGACUUAGAGGAGGAGGGAAUGAGGGGAAAGGGGAAGUUUGGGAGGGAGGCCUCCAGGAAGCCGGUGGGAGAGGAGAGCCAGCAGACAGAGAGGCAUCCACCCUGGUCUGUCUCCUCCAGCAUCUCCACCAGCAUCCGCUGAGCUAUGAGCCAAACCAGGGAUUUACAGGGAGGUAAAGCCUUUGGGCUGCUGAAGGCCCAGCAGGAAGAGAGACUGGAUGAAAUCAACAAGCAAUUCCUGGAUGAUCCCAAAUAUAGCAGUGAUGAGGACCUGCCCUCCAAACUGGAAGCCUUCAAGAAGAAAUACAUGGAGUUUGACCUAAAUGGAAACGGAGAUAUCGAUAUCAUGUCCCUGAAGCGAAUGCUGGAGAAACUUGGGGUCCCCAAGACCCACUUGGAGCUAAAGAAAUUAAUCAGUGAGGUAUCCAGUGGCCCUGGGGAGACUUUCAGCUACACUGACUUUCUCAAGAUGAUGUUGGGCAAGAGAUCUGCCAUCCUAAAAAUGAUCCUGAUGUAUGAAGAGAAAGCAAGAGAACAGGAGAAGCCAACUGGUCCCCCAGCCAAGAAAGCUAUCUCUGAGUUACCCUGAUUUGUGGUGAGGGAGAUGCGGUGGGAUGGAAGGGGCUUCUAGUGACUCUAACAUGGAAAAAGAGGACAAAAAUUGUGAACCAGAGCCAAACUAAUUUAAAUAAAUUAUCCUCCUUUGGAUCA